AUGGAUCUACUUGAUAGCAUCAUGGGAACAAUGGGUGAGGCGAAACCAAAAACGUCGUCAUCGGAUCAGCCAACAACAUCAGCACAACCCUACAGAAUUAAGAAGAAAACACCAUUGAAUAUUGCUGAGGUAUUUUGGAAAUAUUAGGCUAUAUUUCAAUUUUUAAUUUUAUAGAGCAGCGCUUCUCGAAUCCCAAGUACAUUCAAAAGAUCACCAUUGGAUAGUGGAAGUGGUUUGGGUGCCCCGAAUGUUAAGAGUGAGUUUUCAUAUCUCUAUCGAAUUUUAACAAAAUCAUCUAAUCUUAUUUUCUAGGAGAUAAAACAAUGGCAACUUUUAAAAAUAUCAAGCAUUGUGAUGUACAAACUAAUAGCUACAAAGUAAUAUUGGAUGGUUUACCAGAAGUUAUCGAACAAUUUCAGUUUGAUGUAUACGCCACAUUUUCUACUAAAGAUUCCACCAAACAAGCAAAAACCAUUCCAAUCAACGAAAAAAUAGUAGUACACGGAGAGUGAGUUGGAAAUUGUAAUUUUUGAAAUGUUCUCCUUUUUUUACAGUCUUCCAAUCCAAUAUCGUCGAUGGGGACUCUGGAAUAUCUGGAAGUUGAGUGUGAAAUCAAAUCCUGAUUUAUUCACUAAACCCAUAUCGUACCAAGAUGGCGCAUAUGACUGUGGUGCAGCAAUAUAUUUUCCCGCUGGUUUAUAUAAAGGAGAAGAAUCGGAACAUAUAUUUCUACAUAGAAGUGAAUUCGAAGAAAAAAUUUGGCAACCAAUUUCAAAACUGGCAAGUGGUCAAAUCGAGACAAUUAAAGUUAUGAUAUCGAGAACAAAAGCUAAAAAGGUAUGUUUUACGAAACAUUAUCGUGGUUUAUUUGUUAAUAGCAGCGCUAUAGCCUUCCUCAAGGAGCUAACACGAGGAAUCUAAACUCAUUCCACCGUAUUUUUCCUAAUUCUUAUUGAAAUGUCAAUGAUUCCAGAUUUACACGCGUGGCAUCGAUUCUACACGUCCCGAAAGUGUAACAGAAUUGGUACGGUUUCUUGAAGUAUUAACAUCUCAAAAAACCAGCAGUCGCGAUUUCUUUCAAUUUGGCAACUCAACUUACACUCGAUCUAGUGAUAAAAACAAUGGCAUAUUGGAUGAGAGAUGCCAAAUAAAUCAAGAAGGAAAAGAGAUCAAAACUGGAUUCGAAAAAACUAUGCGAUAUAUUACGGGAACAGAUGGAAAACCAGAAUUCAUAAUGACAAUCGAUGUACGCCGAUCACCAUUCAAUCAGGAAAUGGAUGUUAUCGAUAUGGUGAGAAUCUUAUAUCAAUCUCGAAGAGGCGGACGACAGCAAGGAAGCCCUUCAGUUGAUGAUAUGAAUGAUAUUCUCUACCAAAUGCAAAGAGAUGGAGAAACUCAAAUGAACAGAAAACUGAGCGAGUUGAAAAGCAUGGCAGUUUUUCCUGUACAUUUACCAAACAACAGGAUGAACUUAUUCUAUAUCAAUGGUUUUACGCAAGAAUCAGCAGAACAGUACGUUAUCAAACAUAAUUUUCAAUUUAUGAAUAAUUUUUCAGGUUCACAUUUCCUGCCGAUGAUUCUAAAAUGGAAAUAUCGGUGUAUGAUUAUUUUCUGGAAAAAUACCAAAUUCGCUUGAAGUAUCCGCGAUUACCAUUGGCAUUUCAAAAAAGAGGAAAAAGAAUAAUUUGUUAUCCAUUGGAAGUCUUGAAAAUUGAACGAGGGCAACGUGUUAAACAAAACAAUGUAACUUCAUCAGUGGUGAGUUUACUUCUAAUAUCAUUACUCAUGAAAAUUGUCAUAUUUAAGCAAUCAAUUAUGACUUCGAAGUUGUCGAUGUUGCCACUUGAGCAAAUCAGCAGAGCAGAACGUGUUUUGGACGAAUAUUUAUCAAUUGACGAUAACAAAUUCUUGCAAGCCUUCGGUCUUCAGAUCAAACGAGAGUCAACUAAACUUUCUGCUCAUAUUCUUCCAGCCCCCGUAAUAAAUUUUGGAAAUGGCGCUUUUACACCGAUUACUGGAGGUCAACGACCACCACUAAUUGAAGCCAGAAGCAAAGUAUUUUCAAGUCCUGCCAAAUUGAAUGGAGUCAUUGUUAUUAACUUUGAUGAAGUUUUACAAAAAGAAAGGAUCACGUAUGUUUCAUUUAAAUAAUGAUUAAUUUAAACUUUUCUAUUCAGAUCCAUGAUAACAAAACUGAAAAAGGAAUUGCAAAAUCAAAAGCUCCCGAAAAUAGAAACUAUCGAUUGGAAGAUUGAAAAUUGUGCCGAAGCGGAUCAACGGAAAUUGGAAUCGAUUAUGGUUGACGCGAAAAGACGGAACAUUUCUUUGAUUUUCGCAAUCACACGAGAUCAGCGACCAGAGGUUCAUGAUGUACUCAAGCUUCUUGAAAGUCAAAUCGGAAUUCAAACACAGCAAAUUUGUUUGGCUACAUUUGAACAACUAUCCAAAGGAGCAAGGACGGUAUGUAGUUUUCCAUAUUUUUUUGAAUUCCAAAAUUGAGAUUUUUCUUAUAGACCACGGAAAAUGUGAUUCGAAAAUUAAAUUUGAAAUGUGGAGGACUCAACUUCAAAUUCUCAAUACCAAGAUCGGAAAACAGUAAAGAAAUAUGCAGUAAUGCUAAUCAGUAAGCAAUUCAAUUAUCUAAAAAUUCAAAUUAUUUAUGUAUUUACAGAGUUCAACAAAAACUAUUCGGAAAUACUCUUUUCAUUGGUUUCGAGCUAUCUCAUUCAGGUGCAGAUUGUCUGUUUGAUCGACAAAAUAACAUAACAAGCGGAGAACCAUCAGUUGUUGGAUAUUCCUAUAGUUACGGAGAUCCGUGUGAACUUGGUGGUGGUUCAUAUCUACAGAAAUCAAGAGAACACUCUCUCAUGUAGGUCAUAACAAAAAAUAACCAUAUCUAAUUUGGGUUCUUCCAGGUUUUUGUCGGAUCAUAUGGCUGAAAUUCUUUCGAACUACUUAAAAGCUAGAAACAAAUUGCCAGAAAACAUUGUAGUUUAUAGAAGUGGUGUCGGAGAAGGAGGGUUUGAGCAAAUUGAAAAGGAAGUGGAACAAAUGAAAUCGGUUUUCAAAACUGAUACAAGAUUCAAAGGAAGAACUAUCCCGCCAUUUUUAAUGAUAGUUGUUUCAAAAACAACUCACAUGCGAAUCUAUCCAAAAGAAAUAAUUGGUGGUAAAGCAAUUGAACAAAAUGUGCCAUCCGGUACAUGCAUAUCUUCUGUACUAACAUCAUAUGGAAGGGAUGAGUUUUAUCUCGUCAGUCAAUCUGCCCUAAUUGUAAGUAUUUACUGAAAUAAUUUAAUUAACAUUCAUUAUGAAUUGUAAUUUUUUAUUAUUUUAGGGAACAAUCCGACCAGCUCGUUAUAGCGUAAUAGUUAAUGAUCCAAAAUGGACUGUUAAUGAGAUAUCGCAUAUGACAUAUUUCCUAGCAUUUGGACACCAGGUAAGCUAUCAAGCGCCAGGUGUUCCAAAUGUGCUGUACGCUGCUGGAAAUAUGGCGAAACGUGGUAGAAAUAAUUUCAUAACGUAUCAGUAAGUUCAGUUCUUCGUAGCUUGAAAAAUGAUUAAUUUACAGAAAACUCCUAAGAAGAGAAGGACGAUCAAUAGACCGACAAGAAAUGAAACCCGACGAAAAUGGAGAACUGUUGAAAGCCCUUACAGAAGAAUUAAACAAAUGUACUAUUUCUUGCAAGAUGUUCUGGGCUUGA